AUGACACCACCUGUGAAAGCUAAACAAAAAAAAGGAAAGUAUCUGCUUUCGGCCGACUUCCCCCUGCACCUGCACAGAGAGAAAUCCAGUCCCGUCGGGUCUUGGAAGACCACGACGCAGCUACCAUGCAGCUAUGCUUUGCAAACCAAGACCACCGAAGUCUGGCAGAUGCAGGAGCAAGGAACCAAGAUGUCUGUGGACUCCUUCCUGAAGACUCACAACCGAGUCGUGCAGUUAAGAAGUCUGAGCGCCACCAUGUGUCCUAUUUUCCUGGAGGUUCUUUUGAAGAAUCAACCAGAAGGAGUGCAGCUCUCGGUGCAGGAGCACACAGAGGUAGAUUACAAAACUCGCUUCAAGGGCCGUCCUGAACUCGAGGGUCUCCAGGCGAAGAUCAGCCACUAGGACCCCAGACUCACUUUCUCCACUUUCACUUUCCUGACUCCUUAAACUGUUUCUCACUCACAUGUUAGAUCUUUAAUUGUUUGUAUUUA